AUGCUUCAAGCAACUGCCGCAGCAUCACGGGCAAUGCGUGGAAGUGAUAGAUCGUCGCAGGAACAAAAGACCUCAUACGACCGUCUGGGUGGUCCAGCAAACAUUGCCGUUCCUCGAAGACGCCCCGGAUCAAGCCUUCGGUUUACAGAUGAUGGGACCCAGAGAAGCUUCCCAGCAUUUACAACCCCACGCCAGUCUACAGAAAGAGCUGGCGGAGCCGGCCGAGUUUCGCGUGCAGAUGAUUCUGCUGUCCUUCCACCAAUCACAGAAUUCAGAGGUCUCGAUGGGCGUAACAGCUCUGUUCCCUCUUCAUAUCGUCGGCUACGCAAAGCCAAGUCAAUGUUCUCGACCAGACAGCAAACUUCACAGACCCCGUAUGGAGUGCCGGCACUGCCCUGUGGUGACCCCUCUGAUCCUGAACGGAGCCCUGGUUUCCACCUGCCACGAACAAUGAGACGGACAAUGUCAUUCCUACACGGAAGUGGUCAAUCGCAAGCUGACCAGGACGCCAAGAACCAUGAUGAAUCUCUUCGGCUGGCUCGAAGCCAAUUCAAUUUGGAAUCCGAGGACGUGGGGAUCCAGACUCGCCGGUCUUCCUUCUUGCUCAGGCGCAAGAGGGAGCACAGGCCGUUCCGAAAGACAUUUCGUGCCACAAGUGAGGGUGGUACUGAUCAAAACACUGGAGAUCCUCGUAGAACGUCUCGGACUAUAUCAAGUUCCAUCAAAAAUGGGUUCAGACGGGUGUUUGGCUUCUCCAAGAUGCCAGAGCAAUCCGCCUUGCAGGGCGAUAUCAAGUACGGCGAGCCCUUCAACACAAGCCCCAUCGAGAGAAUAUCACAGGAUUGUUCUCGUCGCGAAAGCAAAGAUACAGAGCGUUAUGCUGGCCCCAGUCCUUCCCCGGAUAUGUCCUAUACUCCCAGCUGUGAUAGCCUUUACACUGGCAAGUCCCGAGUUACCAGCUGGGCUGACUCUAGCAUAGCAGACACUGUUACUACCAGGAGACCUGGGCACCGCCAAUCGCUCUCCUUUAUCAGAGAAGAUGGAGACCUGGACCCAAGGGUGGCUGCAAGCGACAUGGGAGAUUCUGAGAAUCAAAUUUCUUUGGAUAUGAGAUCAAAUCCCCGUCCAAUCGGGGUUGUGGACAGCCAUGAGCUGUACUCUGCUUUGAUGGAACAAAUGGGCCGAAAUGCCCUACCCAACCCGAACGAAGGGAUUGUUUUCGGGUCAGUGCCAAAGCAUUCUGUUAUUCCAGAACGGAACAAUUCAGUGUACUCUCAGCGCGGUAGGCGCAGUAUCCGCCAUGUCCCAAGCGAAGGAUCCUCAGCCUCACCCAAGUCAUUUGCAACAGCACGCGGUGGUGAUCAGUCAAGCCCGCAGAGGUGUCACCCACAUCUGAGCCGAUCUUUUGCUUCCAUGCAGACUUCCAGGGGCAUGUCUGUUUAUGGGACAAGUCAACAAGUCCCAGGAAAAUCCCCACGUUCAAUGUACGCUGCGAGUGAGGGAUCCGAGGAUGAAGACGGCAGCAUCAUCAUCGCCCGGUUCGGGGGUUCGAAAAGAGAUGUGGUGUCUCCAAGUGUUUAUUCCCGGUCCACCAGUGGCAAUACCCCGACAAAUGCUGACAAUACCGAUUCAGUUGACACGCACACCCUAUGCGUGGACGAUGAACCUGGAACAGCAACAAUCUUUGCUCCUCAGCGAACUACUUACAGCUCAUCGAAGCGCUCUGCUCGCAUCGCAUCUUCCAGAAGUCAUGCCAAACCCAGUGCUGAUUGGCACCAAUGGAUGAGCUCCCAGAUUGAUAGGAUUGAGCAGGCAAGCCCCACGAGAGAACAUGUCAGGGAAGAUGCGCAAUUCCAAGAUGAUGACGAAUACCUGACCAGAAUAGCUCAACAAGUCCCCAUCCCUGGUCCGGUCUCAACAAACUGUAUUAACACUCCGACUAGCCAGGGUUAUGCCGCGCACAAAUCUUCUGUUGAAAUCAGAGUCCCAUCACAAGGCAAUUUCUCUCGUCCUUUCAGUCAGGCCUCCAACAUGAGGACCAUUUUGGCAUCGCAGAAGUUUGAUUCAGGGGUCAUGGCACAGGAUUACUCGAGCACCCCAGCCACGGGUCCAGUCGCUAUAUCUAACGAAAACGCUUCGCCCAAGUCUAGCCAGAUUGCUGAGGACGAGAUGCUGUCGCCAAUCCGGAUCAGAUCCAGUAACAUGCAGGCCCCAGAGUCCCCAACGCCAAAGAAGAUGGGAGCUAAGCGGACUUGGACGCAAGAGCAACACCGACGGUAUUCCGCCAGACGUCCACCAAUUUCGCAGGAUGGUAAGCCUGGCCAGUUCCGAUCCAUGCGCAACCAACGAGACGCCCGUGGUAAUAACGAGAAUGUGAGACAUCAACAUGAGUACAAUGACGUGAUGGAAAACUAUCAUCUCCAGGACAUUCACUCUACCAUCUCAAGCAAGCGCAUGGUGGACAUGUUUUUGGACAGUCGACGCCAACAGAUGGGUGAAACUUCUGAUAACAAGACAGCAACCGAGGCUUUUAUUUGA